UUUGUUAUGGUGCCGAGUCACGUGACUCAGAACUGGUUCCAACCGACAGGCGGCAGCUGAUCGCCGGGAGCAGGCUCCUCUCACUCGGCUGCAGCCCCGCUCUCUCCCCGGUAUGUCCUCACUCUGCGUGCUGGGGACUCGCAGCUUCCUCCGGCAGGUCUUCCCCGGCCUGUCCGCCACCAUGCUCCGGAGCUACAGCCUCGGUGUCCCCGCUCCGCUGCUGCGGACUCAGGGCUACUGGGACGGCCGCUGGGUCUCCGCAGCCUCGGCGUUCCCAGUCCUGGACCCGGCCACUGGCCAGGAGCUCGCUCGGGUGUCCGACUGUGGUGCGGCGGAGGCCAAACAAGCCGUGGACGCCGCGUACAGAGCGUUCCACUCGUGGAAGCAGACCACGGCUAAGGAGCGCAGCGUCCUGCUCAGGAAGUGGUUCGAUCUCAUGAACGUGCACAAAGAAGACCUGGCUCGACUGGUCACCUUUGAGAGUGGGAAGCCUCUGCAGGAGGCGCGGGGAGAAAUCGCCUACUCGGCGUCCUUCCUCGAGUGGUUUUCUGAGGAGGCGCGGCGAGUGUAUGGAGACGUCGUCCCCUCGGCUGCCAAAGACCGAAGGAUCUUCCUGCUGAAGCAGCCUGUGGGCGUGGCCUCCAUCAUCACCCCGUGGAACUUCCCGAGCGCCAUGAUCACCAGGAAGAUCGGAGCAGCUCUGGCUGCCGGCUGCACGGUGGUGAUCAAGCCAGCUGAGGACACCCCGCUGUCAGCGCUGGCCCUGGCUGAGUUGGCGGAGCAGGCAGGAAUCCCAGCGGGCGUGGUCAACGUGGUUCCCUGCUCCCGAGAGAAAACCCCCGCGGUGGGCAACGUUCUCUGCACCGACCCCCUGGUGGCCAAAAUCUCCUUCACCGGCUCCACUGCCACCGGCAAGCUGCUGCUCAGACUUGCUGCCGACACAGUGAAGAAGGCGUCCAUGGAGCUCGGAGGCCACGCUGCCUUCAUCGUGUUCGACAGCGCGGACGUGGAGCGCGCGGUGGGCGGAGCCAUGGCCUCCAAAUUCAGGAACUCUGGACAGACGUGUGUCUGUUCCAACCGCUUCCUGGUGCAGAGUUCCAUCUACGACACCUUCAUGGAGAAACUGGCUCAGAAGAUGGACAACGAGCUACGUCUGGGUCACGGUUCCGAACCCGACACCACCCAGGGGCCGCUGAUCAACACCAGAGCCGCAGAGAAGGUGGCGCACCAGAUCUCUGAUGCCGUCGCUCACGGGGCGAAGGUUCUGAGAGGCGGGAAGCGGCUGCACGGCUCCUUCAUGGAGCCGACCCUGCUGGCGGACGUGACUGCCGACAUGCUGUGUAUGAAGGAGGAAACGUUCGGGCCGCUGGUUCCCGUCGUCAGGUUCGACACAGAGGAGGAAGCAGUGGCCAUCGCCAACGCCUCCAACGUGGGACUGGCAGGUUACUUCUACUCACAGGACGUGGGGCAGAUCUGGAGAGUGGCAGAAGCCUUGGAGGUGGGCAUCGUGGGGGUGAACGAGGGUCUGCUGUCCUGCCCCGAGGCCACCUUCGGGGGAGUAAAGCAGUCGGGUUUGGGUCGCGAGGGCUCCAAGUACGGCAUCGAGGAAUAUCUGGAGGUGAAGUACAUGUGUCUGGGGGCGCUCAACUGACAAGGUCACCGCGUCGGGCCGAGCAAGGAGUAACAUAGUGACAUGAUCGUGACUGUCCUGCAGGGGUCGCUGCUGUGCCGAAUAAUGCGUUAUAAGUCUUAAAUAACAAAGUGAAGUGAAUAUACAUUAUGAUUAAUGUUUGCAGCGUGCCAAUAAUUUCGGUCAUUUUUAUCAUCUUUUGUUUUGUAUAGAAAAAACAUGAGGGUAUUUUUCUAAAACUGAGUCUUGACUCUGACUCUUGUUGUGAUGCAGUAGAUGAAUGUUCCUGAUCUCAGAAACCCAUUAAAGUGGAACUGAA